AUGCGGCGCUCCAUACGGGUUUUGCGUCACAGGCAGCUGAAUAGCCCCGCCACCCCCGUGCGCCUUCUACGAUUCUCGGUGUUCGUGUCAUCCUGUCCAAGGCAGCAGCAGCAUGCCCGUCGUUUCAUGAGUGACAGCGGCCCAAAUGGCGAUGACGGUGGGAGGGUGAAGGACGACGGGGUGGGUGUUUCCGGUGGAAUGGCGUUGCCUCGCAGUGCGCUGCCGCCGUCCGACUUCCCCGAGCAUAGUUUUCUCAAGUGCAUUGAGAAGGAGAUGCAGGAUGAGGCACUGCGGGUCGACAAGGAGGAGGGGCCGCCGCCGCCGCCGUCCGGGUGGGAAAUGUACCACGCACCAGGGACCAGCGUUUUCUACGGCCGCCGCUGGUGGGUGCCGCCAACGCCUGUCACCCCUACGGAGCCGCGUGCGAUGGAGCGGCACACAAUCCGUGUGCAGCUCACUACGCGGGAUCCCUCGCUUGACCCGGAGUGCGACGUGCGGGGUGAACACUUUCCCUUCUCCCUCUUUGUGCAACGCGUCGUUGGAGGUGCCGGGGCGUCAGAUGUCGUCGUCCAUGGAACUUCCUCCUUCCAGACCAACACCGUCGAGGGAGAAGCGGAGGAGCGCGGCCUGUACGAGCAGAGUAUCGAGGUGCGAGCCGACUUUGUGGAGGGGGAGUUAGUUGUCGACCACGUCGUCUUUCACGGUACAUACACGCCUGCCCCAUGUGCUCAGUCUCCGUUGCCUCCUCACGGCAAGGAGGCACAGUCCCAUGACGUGGGCGGUAACGCCGCCUCUCCUGCCCCGACAGACACCGAGGUGCACUACAACAAUAUCUUCGGCGGUUACCCUGGGCCGAACCUAGACGAGGUGGAGGAGGAGGUGCUUGACGGGAUACAGGCGUGGCUCGCGGAGCGCUGCAUCGACGACCAGUUUGGCGAGUUUGUGGGUCAGUACUCAGUGUGGGUGGAACAGAUGGAGUACGAGCGGUGGCUGCGGCAGCUACGUGAUUUUGUGGCGGCAUAA